AUGCAUGUUUCAAUCGCUGCUAUCCUUGCCGCUGGCAUCGCUCUUGUCCAAGCUGCCCCUGUUGGGCAUACCUUGACCGACCGAUCUCCAAACCCCAUCGUCGUCCUUUCGGAGAGGGGAGCAUCAUCGGUCAAUGACUGUGGGGACUCUACCUUCAUCAACCAGUCCUCAGGUGGCUCCCCAAAGAUAAGCGACUGUCAGCAGAUCGCUACGAAUAUUGCCAAUGGUGGUACUUGGUCAGUUGAGUCCAAUGGGGCACAGAAUCAGCUUGUUCAAUAUGGUACCUGUGCCUUGGGGGUUACGGGUGAUUUUACUAUCGGUAUAUUCUAUGUCGGCAACCAGGACAUCAUCGACGUGAUCAAUGAGUCUAUCAGCCGAUUUUCCUGGAAUGGUUUAGUUGGGGCCGAGGGCAAGAUGUAUUGCGAAGGCGGUUCUGAUGUUACCUGGGCCAUAUACCACACCUAG